AUGUUCAACAGACCCGCAUCUACCAUACUAUCUUCUCUUCUCCUAUUCGCUCCUUUGCUCGUGAACGCCUCCAUCUUCUCCCAGUCUGAUGUGAAAUUGACUUUUUACUAUGACAUAGGUGAUAAGGGAGGAUGCGGGAAGGCAGCAGGUGAUCCGGUACCUGCAGGCUGGGCCGAUUCGUCUGGUAUCAAUGCCGGUACGACCUAUUGUGAGCAGCAGAGGGGCAUGAGUUUGAAUCAGAUUGGAACGAAUCGGAUAGUCGCCUUUGACCAGGAUAAAGUGUGGGCAGAUCCUGCUCAGUGGUGUGGGCGAGAAGUUAAGGUGUACGGACCGGAUGGGAUUGAAUUGAUCAUGCCAGAUGGACCAUUCUAUAUCUGGGAUAGCUGUCAGAAUUGUGCUGGUGGUGGAAAGAUCCUUGAUGUAUCGGGCGAAGCUUUCGUAAAAUCCAAAGGCGGCACAUGCGGAGGCAACAACCCUACUGGUUUCAGAUACAAUGUGAUGGACAACUACGUCGUCGACCCUUCCGUGGGAUUACAAAAUUCAGGAGGAGGCGCAAGUUCACCCUCUUCACCUGUCAUACCGGGUUUUUCGUCUACACCAGCUGCUGCGUCUUCCGCUUCAGUUUCGCCUACAUCAGCUGGUUCUUCAUUUUCACCUUCCUCUGAACCUGCGCCACCUGUACAGCCACCGCCUGCAUUUUCGUCAUCUCCCUUACAAUUUACUAUCACCACCGUUCAAUCAGAACAGGCUCAGCCUACCGCUCCUACUUCGACAAAUACAGGGGGUGAACAUCGUCCUAACAACUGGGGCGGAUGGGGUGGGCACGGCAACAAUGAACUGGCUGCCGCACCUACGGCUGGUCCCGUAGCUGCUGUAGCCGAUUCGAAUAAUGCUAUUACUGCUGAGAAUACCUGCAGAAGGAAGAGGAAGAGGAGGUUGGCGAAACUGCAUUAG